CCAGCCGGUGCGAUCAUAACCGUUAACUGAUUUGUUUUUUUCUGUUUCUUUAGGUUGAUAGUUUCGCUCAGUCUGAAGCUUCGUCGCGCUUGGAUUUCCCAAACGAUAGCUAGGGUUUUCAGACGGCUUCUUCAAGCUCCAUCAGAACAGAUAAGGUAAGAGUCUUCAAUGGCGAAAGUUUCAGCUAGUGGUACGAACCCUUACACCAAGACAGGGAUACGAAUAGUGGUUGCUGGCGACCGAGGCACCGGGAAAUCGAGCCUAAUUGCAACGGUGGAAGCCAAGAAAUUCAUAACAAAUGUGCCGCCGGUGUUGCCGCCAACUAGGCUGCCCGAUAAUUUCUUCUCCGACUUUGUGCCUAUCACGAUCAUCGACACUUCGUCUCGUGUAGUGGAUGAUUAUAAAGUUGCUGAAGAAUUGAAGCAGGCUGAUGCAGUUGUGUUUACUUAUGCGUGUGAUGAGCCUUCAACGCUUGAUCGAUUGAGUACUUUCUGGCUUCCAAAACUCUGCAAACUAGAGGUGAAAGUCCCGGUUAUAGUGGUAGGUUGUAAGCUGGAUUUGAAAGAUGAGAACCAGAAUGUGAGCCUGGAGCGGGUGAUGUCUCCAAUAACGGAACAAUUUCGGGAGAUUGACACUGGCAUUGAAUGUUCGGCACUUAAACUACGACGGAUCCCUGAAGUUUUCUACUGUGCACAAAAAGCUGUGCUUAAUCCAACAGGCCCACUACUUAAUCACAAAACACUGGUUUUGAGGCCCAGAUGUGUUCGAGCCUUGAAGCGGAUAUUUAUUCUUUGUGACCAUGAUAGGGAUGGUGCCCUCAGUGAUGCAGAGUUGAAUGAUUUUCAGGUCAAAUGUAUGAAUUCUCCAUUACAACCUUCUGAAAUAGUAGGUGUUAAGUGCGUUGUUGCAGAACAACUGCCUGAAGGAGUCGAUGAACGUGGGCUUACUUUGAUGGGCUUCCUCUUUCUUCAUACACUAUUCAUAAAAAAUGGGCAAACUGAUGCAAUGUGGACUGUGCUAAGAACAUUUGGAUACAAUAAUGAUAUCAAACUUGCAGAGGAUCUCAUCCCAUCGUCUUUCAAACGAGCUCCUGAUCAGAGUGUGGAGCUGACAAAUGAAGCCAUUGAGUACCUGAGGGGAAUUGUUGAAUUGGAAUUGCAUAAUAGCAAUACUCUAUGUGUUACUCGUGAUGGGGAGCUGGGAUCUCAUGAAAUUGACGAUAUAUUUUCUACUGCUGCAGAGAGUCCUUGGGAGAGAGAGCCAUACCUGGAUGCUGCACGGACAAAUGCAUUUGGAGGGUUCUCUCUUGAUGGAUUUUUGUCAAUGUGGGCCUUUAUGACACUUCUAGACCCAGCUUUGAGCAUGGAGAAUAUGAUAUACCUCAACUAUCCUGGUGAUCCUUCAUCUGCAUUCCGUGUGACUAGAAAAAGGCAUUUGGAUCGCAAGAAGCAACAGACAGACAGAAAUGUUUUCCAGUGUUUUGUUUUUGGACCCAAGAAGGCCGGAAAGUCUGCACUGUUGAAUUCUUUUCUUGGAAGGCCUUUUUCUGAUAAAUAUACUUCAACCAUUGAAGAUCAUUAUGCGGUGAACGUUGUAGAUGAACCUAUUGGAACAAAAAAGACCCUUGUAUUGAGAGAGAUACCUGAAGACGGAGUGAGUAAAAUGCUUUUAGAUAAAGAAUCUUUGGCUGCUUGUGAUGUAGCAGUGUUUGUUCAUGACAGUUCUAAUGCGUUAUCAUGGGAGAGAGCAACUGAGUUGCUGGUAGAAGUUGCUAGUCAUGGUAAAGAUACUGGUUUUGAGGUUCCUUGCCUCAUUGUGGCAGCUAAAGAUGAUCUGGACUCAUUUUCCAUGGCCAGACUUAAUUCUACUAGGGUUAGUGAGGACAUGGGAAUAGUGGCUCCCAUACCUAUCAGUACAAAGUUUGGUGAUCUCAAUAAUGUAUUUCUUAGGAUUGUAAGUGCUGCAGAACACCCUCAUUUGAGCAUUCCUCAAACUGAAGCCGGAAGAAGCCUCGAGCAAUACCAGAAACUUAUAGACCGCACAGUUGUGGACUUUUCGGAUUGUGUGAUGGUGUGAACUUCACAUGUGGGUAUCAGAUCAUUGAAAGUGAACUGUGAAUUGGGCGCAGCAUCAUACUAUUACUGGUGCAGCUUUUGCGUUCUGCCUAAAUGUCUAAAACUGUAUAUAUCUGGCCAGGCUUGUAAAUCUGGGGGAUGGGAGACUGAUAUAUGAGCCAUCUUUGUUUUUUUGGGGAUCACUUUGUUGGGGGCUUAUUGCUUUUCCAAUUUUUAGAACUAGAGUAUUAAGAGUAAAAAGACUACUGAAAGAAAUACAUAUACGCACUUCAGGUGUCAUU